AUAAUUUUUCUAGCUUAUUUGGCAUUAUGAUCAAGAAUCUUAGGAUGCCAAAAAGAGAGUGUGUCGCUGCGACUCAAUGUCUGGAAUUGAGACGGUGCUUUCUUUUGGCCUUUAUUCUCUGUAACACUAGAAUAACUCUUGGGAAUCCAUUAGGCGAUAGCAACCCAAUUUUACACUUUUCCGACCAAGUACGACAUAGACAUCUGUAUGCGGAUAAUGAAUACACACAUCUGCAUUUGCAGAUUUCUCCGGAAGGGACUGUAAGUGGAACACAGGAACAGAACCUAUACAGUUUGCUGGAAAUAAAAGCUGUAAAACCCAGCGUCUUGGUUAUGCGCGGACUAAAAAGUACCCUCUUUCUCUGCAUGGACUCCAGACACAACUUAUAUGGCUCAGCAGAUUAUAUUGAAGAUGACUGCAACUUCCGAGAGGUGCCAUUAAAAGAUGGGUACAACCUGUACAUUUCAGAGAAACAUCCGGCUCCACUCAGUCUAACUCCAUUAAGAGGUAGACAAAUGGCGCGAUUUAUCCCUUUGGAGAAUACAAUCUCCCUGGAAUCCAUUUACAUGGGCGAUUAUUCUUUUGAGCCUUUUCCAAGGAGCAACAUAGACAUCGGAUCAGAAGAUCCUCUUGGCAUGGUAAUCAAGUCCAACAUCUUCAGCCCCAGCUCUGAUUCCUAAUAAACAGAAUCAUCUGUUCUGGGACAGUGCAAACACCUGUAUCUUACUGGUGAAUGAAGUGGGAAAGACAUUUCCUUCUAGCGACA